CUCGCGCCGCUCGCCCUUGGCGCUCGCUCCGGCCCGGUCAUGCUGCCCGCCCGCCUCCUCGCGCGGCCCGCGGCCCGCGCCCUGCGCCCCCCGCCCCGGGCCCGCGGCUAUGCCGAGGCGGCCGGCGGACCCGUCCAGAUGGCCUUCACCUUCGCCUCGCCCACGCAGGUGUUUUACAACGCGGCCAACGUGAAGCAGGUGGACGUCCCCACGCUGACCGGCUCCUUCGGCAUCUUGGCCGCCCACGUGCCCACCCUGCAGGUGCUGAGGCCCGGCAUCGUGACGGUCUACGCUGAGGACGGCACUGCCUCCAAGUACUUCGUGAGCAGCGGCUCCGUCACGGUGAACGCGGACUCCUCCGUGCAGCUGCUGGCGGAAGAGGUGGCCAGUAUGGACAUGCUGGAUCUGGCCGCGGCCAAGUCCAACCUGGAGAAAGCCUUGUCGGAGCUGAUGGCAGCGCCGGAUGAGGUGGCGAAAGCAGAAGCGCAGAUCAAAGUGGAAGCCAACGAGGCGCUUGUCAAGGCCCUGGAGUGAUUGGGGAAUCCUGUUGCUGCAGAGACCACAGGGAGGCCAACGCAUCCCAGCUUGCAGACGGCAAAGAGAUGGUGGCAGAGAAAUCCCUCGGAUCCAUUAAAAGACAAACCUCA